AUGGACCGCUUCCGACUCUCCCUAUCAGCUUCUAUCGCUCUUCUUUCUCUAAGCCAUUUCACCGCGGGUGCUGCUACCAUCACUUCCACUAUCACUGCUGGCAUCGGCCUUCCGCCAGAAGCGAUAGGAUAUUAUAUUCAUGACAGUCAGGGCACAGUCACAGGUGCCUAUGGUUAUUGUUGCCAUCCCAGUAGAACUGAGGGUUGCGCACUCGCAACUGAAUGUCGAGAUGGUACAAUAAAAGGCCCUGAUCACACAAGUAGCUGUGAAAAUUGUGUGACAGUGUCUGUCUACGAAUCAAUACGUUUGGUGCCGCCGUCCGUGAAAUUUGUUCAAUGUCUGAGUAAUUGGCCGGCAUUGACGCUGUAUCGUCAUCUCCCAUCUCGAAAAACGACAUCCAUCGGUAUAACUUCAAUGCCACACAAUGCAACGAUAACCACUUCGCCCGAUGUGACAACAACUUCCACUUCAUCCAUAAAAUCACCAGGCAGUAUAACCGCUGCCCCGAUUGCACCAAGCGGGCCCAACACCCCUACUUCGUCGCCUGGGGACUUAUCUGACAAAUCUCCCGACGAAAAGAAAUCAGAAGCAGCAAAAAUAUCCAGUAUAAUUAUUGGAAUAAUUCUUGUUAUCGCGAUAGUCAUUCUCGGACUCUUGCUCGGUCGUAGCAAGUGGAAUAAGCCGGCGUCGCAGGAUUCACUUCACAAAUUGCAUGAGGCCGAGGGAUCCAAUGGGCUUGUGCCAGUUCCAACUCGAAGAAUAGCAUCAAGGCGCGGUUCGCAACGAAGCCAUACAUCGAGAGAAGGGUUUAUUUCUUUUGAGGACCUCAGCCCGUCUUGUAGGUAUUCACCUGCACAGGAACUGCCCGCAGUGGUUGAGGAGCGAUAUCAACAAUUAAGCACCACUUCGAGCCCCAUCAGUCCCUGCAUAGCGUCAUAA